GUCCGAGGUACACUUCCUCGACUCGACUCCACACACUAUCCUUUUCUUUUAUUUCUGAGUUCAACGUUUUGCUUACUUUUUAUUCCGCUUUGCUAUAUUACUCAUGGCAGCACAACUUUACAAGACUGAAAGUGGACGACUUUUCCACGCCGGUGCAGUCGCAAUCAUUACUGUCGGACUCCCCGCCCGUGGUAAGACCCAUGUCUCGCGAUCUUUAUGCCGAUACCUUCGUUGGCUCGGUGUAAGCACCAAGGUUUUUAGUGUAGGCAAUUACCGUCGAGACCGCAUGGGCACUAUCCCCAAUGACUGGUUUGACCCAAGCAACGUUGAUGCUUUGGCGCGGCGAGAGAAAAUUGCAGAGGAUUGUUUGGAUGAUAUGAUACAGUGGUUGGAACAAGGUGGUGGCCAAGUCGGUAUCUAUGAUGGCAAUAACGUUACAGAAGAUAGACGACGUGAAAUUCAUGACAAGCUGGCGGAUCACAACGUUCAUACUUUAUUCAUUGAAUCGAUAUGUACAAAACAGGAGAUCGUUUAUGCCAACAUACGAAGCGUCAAAAUAUCAUCACCUGAUUACGUUGGAUGGGAUCCGGAAGAAGCUGUCAAGGAUUACACGCAUCGAAUUGAACGACUGAUAGAACACUAUGAAACAAUUUCGGAUACCGGUCUUCCGUUUGUCAAACUGUUGAACGUGGGCGAGAAAAUCAUUGUGAACAAUGUGCUGGGCUAUCUUCAGUCUCGCAUCGUGUAUUAUUUAAUGAAUCUCCAUGUUCAACCACGAAAAAUAUAUUUCGCACGUACGGGACGAACCCUUAACGAAACGUCGUACAAGGGUGAUGCCGACUUAUCACCUGAAGGAUUUGAAUAUGCCGAAAAAUUGAAAACAUUUGUGCUGAACUACAGAGCUCAAAACAAAGGUGCUGGCGGUAACCCUGAAGAACAAGAACGGCCUUUGGCAGUUUGGACAUCAACGCGUAAGAAAGCAAGACAAACUGCACAGCCAUUCGCUGAAGCAGGUUUCGCAGUUAGACAGCACUCUGUACUGACACAAUUGAACCCUGGUGAGGUGGAUGGAAUGACAAUGGCUGUAAUUAAGGAAAAAUAUCCCGAAGAAGUCAAGCGCUCCCGUGCCGAUCCGUAUCGCCACCGGUAUCCUCGUGCAGAGGUAUGUCCUCUUUCCUUCUUUUCUCCUAAAAAGGACAUGGCUACUUAUAUUUUAAUUGCUCUUAUGAAUGUAUAGUCUUACCAUGACUUGGCUGUACGGUUAGAAGCCGUCAUUAUGGAGUUAGAACGUGAAAAGAAUGAUGUGCUGAUUAUUGGUCAUGAGACGGUGCUCAAGUGCUUGUAUGCAUAUCUUUUUGACAGGCCUGAAAGCGAUAUUCCCUCCAUUUCUGUACCCCGCAGCUUCUUGAUCGAGAUCACACCUUCUGCAUAUGGCUGCAAAGAGUCUCGCAUGAAGAUCGAUUAACAAACAAACCGUUUCUUCCUUUUCCCUCUCUCUCUCUCUCUUUUUCUCCCUGUCUUUUGCUAAUUAUCUAUUACUGUCACAAUUAUACGCAAAUUUCCAUCUGUUU